AUGUUGGCGUGGUGUUGUUGUGGUGGCUUAAUAAACAAGUUCUAGUUAAUAAUUCCAAUUAAAUAGUAAAUAAAUAGACGGUAAAUAAGUAAAACUAAAUUGAAAGAAAUACGUAUUGACUGCUUAAGCCAAAUCUGUGAUCCAAUAGUACCUUAUUAUUAAUCCCAACAAACGGAAUUUCGUUUACGAGUAUAAAACGAAGAGCAUUAAGUUUCAUUAUAAUUAGUUGCUGCUGAUAAACAAUUGCCUUGCCAAGCGCUUGUAACGCCAAUUGCCACUUAUAAGCCACCAGUACGCAGAGUGAGCUUUAAAUUGUAUCAACAGGCUAAGCCAUAAGUUAAUAUGAAAUCGACCAUUUCGUUGUUGCUGGUUGUCAUCUGCACGGUGGUAUUGGCUGCACAACAGAGCCAGGCGAAAAAGGGCUGUCAGGCCUAUGGUCAUGUUUGUUAUGGCGGCCAUGGCAAGCGUUCGCUCAGUGGCAGCGCUGGAGGCACAGCUGGUCAAGAACCGGAGUACGUGCGUCCAAAUGGACUGCUACCAAUGCUGGCACCAAAUGAGCAAGUGCCCGCUAUCCCUGAAGGCGAGUUUGAGGAUUAUCCAUCGCGCCAGAUUCUGUACAAAUUGAUGAAGUCAUGGUUCAAUCAUCCGCGUCGACAAGCCGCACGCUUGGGCGAGCUGGACUAUCCCUAUCCUCUUACGAAUUCCGGAGAAAGUUUUAACCGUGAUGUCGCACUGGACGCGCCCAACUAAAACUGAUGCUUGCCUAAGUACACACAGCAACAAGUACAUGCAACACAGCAGCAGCACCUACAAUACCAAUUAUGAAUGAUUGUUAAUAUAUUUCAAAAUAUUUGCCGCAUAUAUGUACAUAAAUUCGUAUAUACCAUGAUUUAAUAGAUGUCUAACACAACAACAAA